CUUCACUGUCAUCUCUCUGGUCUUCGUGACGCUGGCUGCCACGCUUGGUGACUCAACUUGUGCGUUCUCUUUUCUAGAUACUUGACCACAAUGGCCGCAAUGCUGGCUUUGCUCCUGGUUGGAUUGUCGAUGGUCCACGGCGCCUCUGCAGACGUGUCCUUCUGCCAAGGCUCCUGUGAACAGGGAUGGAUGAGCUUCUCGGACCGAUGUUACCAGUUCUUCCCUACGAAGAAGGCCUGGAUUGACGCUGAGCUGCACUGCAUCAGCCUUGGAGGACACCUGGCCUCAGUGCACAGCAGUGACGUCAAUCAGUUCAUCACCAGCCUGAUUAAGAGCAAGGACUCCUCUGGCCCUGUCACCUGGUUUGGGGGCUCCAACUGCGUGCGGGAUUCAACAUGGCUGUGGACGGACGGGUCCAAGUGGGAUUACACCAACUGGAAUCCAGGUGAACCCAACAAUGCCGGGGGUACGGAGAGGUGCUUCCGCAUCAACGACUCAGCCCAAGGCGGCUGGAAUGACGUCAACUGUGGGAUGCAGACAGCGUACAUCUGUGCCAAAGACAUCUAAAUCUGGGCGAGGAGAAGCUCAUCGUGUACUCAUCACAUUACAUUUUGGCUGUUUUGAAAUAAAGUACGGCUGGCAUUCA